CGAGAAAUAAAAAUCAAAUCGAUCGUAAAAAGUUUUGUGCAUGGCGAUUUUAUGCGCCAUGGUUUUAUGUAUCCGCGAUCAAGAUGAUUUGCGGCUUAGGAGCGUGGAAUACUUAAUCUUGAAGAAUUGAUAUUAUUAUUUAAGUGUAAAAAAUUACACGAGAUGAACUCUUGUUGUGCAAAAAACUUAGAAACGCCGCGCCCACCGCAACUAAUACCAGCAGUGUUACGACCCGCACCACCUUGGUCGGCUGUCGCAAUAAUCGAUCUGAAGAUGCAGGAACUGUCGUCACAGCAUUUUGCGGGGAAAUAUCUGAUACUUCUCUUCUAUUCAUGCGACUUCUCAUUUAUGUGCCCCACCGAACUUAUCCAAUUUAGCGAUCGUAUUGCCGAAUUUCGAACUCUUGGUACAAAGUUACUUGGUUAAAGUUUUUCUUCCCCAUUUAAUGACAGUAUAAAUAAAAUUUUCAAUAAUGAAAUCAAUAAAGAAU